AUGAUACCAGGCUCUGGUCUCGAUUCUCUCACGGGUUCUCUUAUGAAUCCGUAAGCGCCUUUUCUUCGGAGGAUUAAGUCUCAGCCAGAUCUCUCGCUCUCCUUUCCGAUGAGACCACGCGCUCCUCCAGACACACCCCAGUAGUACGACUCCGCGUCCGCGAUUUAUGGAUCUUCUAUCCACCCUCCCCAACUUCCCAACAAAACCGUACGCGCAUAUCCUCCCUUCUCUCGAGAAGAACAGAAUCAGUACCGUUGAUCUCGUCACUCUCGAUACCCUCGAGAUCGCGAAACGCGCACACGUCCCCCCCGCGGAUGUCCGUCGACUCUGCGUCCACUUGAUCCAGGCACUGCAUCAGGACGUUGGAUUCGAGAGGAAGCAGUCUACCCCGGAGAGCAACUUGUGCGAUGUCGAGCCUAGCUCUAGCAUUGAUAUUGAGGCCACGAUCGAACCGGGUCCGUCUACGAAGUUAGAUCUUGCGGAAUGGGACUCCAUCAGCACGCUUGACCCGGCGCUGGAUGCGCUCUUGGGCGGUGGAAUACUGGCUGAAUAUGUGACAGAAGUCACUGGAGAGAGCGGAAGCGGCAAAACGCAAUUCCUUCUCAGUCUUCUCCUGUCCGUACAGCUACCUCGACCUCGAGGCCUGGGGAAGAGAGCCAUUUACGUCUCGACUGAAGCCCCGCUAUCUACACUGCGGCUAUCUCAAUUACUAGAAUGCCAUCCGUACCUUUCCUCGCUACCUCCCCGCGGCUCUCGUCCGUCUCUCCAGAACAUCCUAUCGAUCAACGCCAUGGACCUCGAGACGCAGGAUCACAUUCUUAACUACCAGCUUCCCGUGGCCGUCUCGCGCUACAACGUGGGUCUUGUGGUUAUAGACUCCAUCACGGCAAACUACCGAGCGGAACAUUCGUCAGAUAAUGUUGGCGCCUUGUCCGCGCGAUCAGGCGAACUCGCUAGAUUGGGUCAGAUGCUACGGAAUCUGGCCGUGAAGGAACAUAUUGCGGUUGUAGUUGCGAAUCAGGUUUCGGAUCGCUUCGACUCUUUUGAGGUUGGUAGUGUCGGUAGCCAUAUGUUCUCGGGUAAUACUUCGACCACCCGUGAGUCAGGUACCGCCUCCCCUUUGCCGAAGGCCGGAGCAGAGGGCGGCGGCGGAGCAGCAGCAGUAAGAGGAGGCACAAGAGUGAACAGCGAAAGCAACGUGGGGUUCUUAUCGCCUUCAUCAGCACACGCAAUGAUUCCCUCGUCUUCCCCGGCUGCAGCUUUCCCCUCGUCUCCAUACGGUGAGGAGGACCCACAGUUUGACGGCUCCUAUCUCGUCGGUAACCCAGUAAGAAACGAGAUCCUAAGUCUUCUACGCCAACAACGCUUCUUUACGGGCUGGGGUGAUAUGCCAUCACCGUCACCAUGUCUAUCUCCGUCUCCGGGUCCGGGUCUACCCCCAAUUCACAUUCACCAAAGACCUUCGCACAAGACGCCUGCCCUUGGCCUUGUUUGGUCUACGCAGAUAGCGUGCCGAAUCGCUCUGAAGAAGGAAGAACAAGUUACGUCCACGAUGGUCGACAUGCCUCGGACAUCUGCAUCCGUAUCUGUGUCUACAGAACGUGCAGGUCAAGCACAUCCAGAUAUAAGAGAAGAAAAAGAAGAGAAGGAAAUACCCUCGAACAAUAACGGUGACGACAGCGGUGCCAAGGACGACAAGUCCAAACCAGCCAUUGAAACCCGAACAAGGAGAAAAAUGAAACUGGUCUUUGCGCCAUGGACUGCCGGUUUCGAGAUCACGGGGGAUGGAGUAGACCAUGAAGGGUUUGGAGAUGAGAUCCAGUUUGAGAUCUGGAAGGGUGGUGUGAGGAGUGUAUAA